AACCCAACCCACAAUGGUGUGAAGUACGGGAACAGUGUUUGCUGAAUAGCCUGCUGCAUUUUCCCACUUCACACCACAUGUUCGGUUCUCCACGCUGUGAUCCUAAGCAGGAAAGCACAGAUCGGCAUGGUCAUGUCCCCAAGACGGACACCCAUGUGCCCCCUCCGACUCUUCCCUUCACUGCUACUGCUGUUAGGAGCGGGCCGGCUGAGUCUCGCAGCCCGGCCGCUGCUUGUGUUCCUGAUUGAUGGAUUCCGCUACGAUUACAUCGACGACCUGCUUGUGUUACCCGGAUUCCGUGAGCUCGUGAACAAUGGUGUGAAGGUUGACUACAUGACGCCGGACUUCCCGAGUUUAUCAUAUCCCAACUACUACUCCUUAAUGACAGGCCGUCACUGUGAUGUUCAUCAGAUGACUGGAAACUACAUGUGGGACGUUGACUCCAAGAAGGAGUUUCUGAUUGGGACCAAUCCUGACAGCCGGCUGCCUCUUUGGUGGGAUGGCUCAGAGCCAUUAUGGGUCACCCUGCAGAAACUGGGAAAAAAGGUUUUCAUGUACUACUGGCCUGGUUGUGAAGUGGAAAUUCUCAGUGUCCGUCCAUCAUUCUGUGAGGAAUAUGUCUACAACCCAUCAGAGAAAAACCUUACAGACUCAAUAGUGAAUGCUCUCGACGUCCUGAGGUCAGGGCAAGCGGCCAUGGCAGCAAUAUAUUAUGAGAAAAUAGAUGUGGAGGGGCAUCACUUCGGUCCAGACUCUAAUCAAGUUAGAACAGCUGUACGGCAACUGGAUCUCGCCAUGCAGAUGCUCAACAAAAAAAUCAAAGAGAAGAACAUGGUAAACCAGCUGAACAUCAUGCUAUUCUCAGACCAUGGCAUGACAAAGAUCCAGUGGAUGGAGAAGGUCAUAGAGCUGGAUCAGUACAUCAACAUGUCGGACAUUGUCAAGAUGAUGGACAGAGGACCAGUGGUCAGUUUGUGGCCCAAAGAUAACAAGUACCAAACGGUGUAUGCUGCAUUGUCCCAGGUCCCAAACAUGUUUGUUUAUGCCAGAGAAGAGAUCCCUGAACGUUUCCACUUCAAAGGAGGAAAGUUUGUUUCACCCCUGACGCUGUUGGCUGACCCGGGCUGGUUUAUCACUGAGAACAAGGCAAAACUCCCAUACUGGAAAAAUGACUCUGGGGAGCCGUUAGCAUGGCAGAAUGGCUGGCAUGGUUACGACAACGAGUUCCUUGACAUGAGAGGAUUUUUCCUGGCAACUGGACCUGACUUCAAGCGGAACGUUCGUGCAGCUCCAAUUCGAGCAGUGGAUGUCUAUAACGUGAUGUGCCGGACAUUGGGAGUGGAACCUUUACCCAACAAUGGCUCCUGGUCUCGGGUGGAAUACUUACUGAAUAGCUCUGUUGGUUCACCCCAGCCCAUAACCCUUUGGACCUGCUGUAUUGGUGUCGUCAUUAUAUAUCUGGCACAGUGGGACUAAAAUGUAACCUAAAUGAAGCCUUAAAGGAUCUACAAGUUUGCCAACUUCCUAAUUGGACUGGGAAAAAGAUCUCCAUUCCUACAACACUUGAGAAAUAACUUCCACUCCCUAGGCUAAAGUUGUUUUUUUCCUUCUCCAGCUUUCCAUGUAUGAUCAAAUGUGUUGAUGUCUGAGGUGGAACAGCAUUACAUUACAUGUCAAACAAAAAUUAAAAUGUAAUUUUUACAUUAAGUUUGACGUGUGUAAUUUUCACAUUUCAGCUGAUUUAAGCUGGAAACUGUGUAGUUUACUCUGCCAAUUGAUAGAAAGUUGAUGAAAUAAUUGAAAGUGAAAAAUGCUGUGCUCUAGUUAUCGUGAAUAUUGAUUCAGCUCCUACCCUUUCUUAUAUCCUGUUAAUAUUAUUCUGUCUAAAGUACGUUAUUCAAAAGGUAUCAUCUCCAACAAUUUUUGAGCUACAGAAACCAUUCAACUAUCAAAACCUUCAGCUAUUGAAAUAUUCAGCUUUUUCUGCAGUUUGCAUUUUUACAAUUUAAGCAGAUGAAGAAAUCUUCAAAUCCACCCCACCUUCAUAUUCUGACCUAAAAACACCAUUCAGUUUCAGACUGACAGACUUUACGGUUUUGAAAUGAUCAUAUCUUUAGUUUUGAGGUUAACUGUCUUCAGAUUUUAUAAUGGGUGUGUAUUGCAUGAGCUACAGUGCGUGACAUCAUCGCUAGAGUGGAGAGCAGCUCGAAAAACUGGAGGAAAAAAAUCUCUUCAGCUUGAUUUAGAUCCCACAUCUUUUACUUCUCAUGGACAACAUACACAUAGAAAUGUAGGAAAUCUUGUUGGCUUUCCGCUGAUGGUCUGGAGCUCUCUCGUUUUUCACUCUAGAGAAAUAAAAAAAAUAUGAAUGG